AAUAAUAAAGCCUAUCCUUUUGAUUUUGAAGGCAAUUGGGAUGAUUACUUGAUUAAUGAUCCAGUCUAUUUUUGGAAUAAUUUUCAAAUUGAAGUGCCAGAAUUGUCAAUUUUUGCUGCCCAUAUAAUGUCUAUACCUCCUACAUCUGCAGAAUGUGAAUGUUUUG